AUGGGUAAAUCUAAAAAGAGAUCAAGAACAACUGCUAACCGUUUGAAUCCAUUACGAAAUGGUAAAAGUAAAAACGGUAACUCAAAAUCUGAUCUGAAUAAAGAUAAUGCUACUGUAACAAAGAAGAUUCAACCGCUGUUGAAACAAUUACAAUCUGCUGUGCCAAACGAUCGUUCCAUGGCUCUAUCUUCUGUAACUUUAUUUGCAGAAGAUCCAUACAUGAGAAAGUUACUAUUAAAAGAAAAGCUUGUCCAGAUUAUAUUAUCAAGAUUGUUAACUGAUUCUAACACUGAUAUCAUUGUAGAAUCAUUUGGUUUGCUGAGAAACUUAGUACUAGAAGAAGGUUACGAUAUCGCAACUCACCUAUGGAGAUCGAACAUUUGGAUUAGUAUAACGGACGGUUUUACUAAAGCUCAAAGUUCCUUGAAUUCUAUAAAUUCAGACACUUCAAAAACAUCAAAGGAAUCUAAAAGAAUGCUGUUUGACUACAUUGAUAAUUUAUUGUCUUUAAUUGUCGCAUUGGCUAAUGGUUCAGAUUCUAUAUUAGGUGAAAUUUUAAAUGAAGAUAAAUUAAAUCAAUUAUUUCAAAUUCUCAUCGAUUUACUAAAUUUUGGUUAUGAUAAAAUUCCAGCUAAUCUAUUUAAUACGAUUUUAGAUUUGAUAUAUGAUUUCAGUUCUGAGUCAUUUGAAUUUAUAGAAACAAUCUCAAAUAACAAUGUAUUGGGAGAAUUUAUUAAAGGUUUACCUGAAUUAAUGAAAACUUCAAAAGAUAAAAAUACAUUUAAUGAAUUGUCAGUUGUAUUAACACAAGGUAUAUAUUUACAAUUUUUGGAUACUGAUAUUAACACUAACCAAAUUACUGAAAUUGUUCAAAAUGUUUUGGAGGCCAUUAAUGAUGUUGAUUUGAAAAAUAUUAAAGAAAAUCUAGCGGUCUUAGAUAAUGAUGAAGAGUUAGCAAAAGCAGACGAUGCUGCAGUUGCAGAAAAGAUUAGAGAUUAUUCUAAGAAACGUAAUGAGGCCAUGAUGCGUUUGCAAAGUAUUGAGAUAGCUAUUGACUUGAUCACUGCUGUCAUUGAAAUAACAGCUACCUUAUAUGAAGAUAAAAGCAGCAACUUGCAAAUAUCCGACGACUUCAUGAAAGUGUUUACUGAUAUAUUACCACAUGUUUUCCAAACAUUAUCAGAAGCAUUUACUUCACGUAUUCUAAUUGCAUGGAAUAACUUACUGUGGUUAUUCAUUACUCUUGGUGUUAGCAUUUUUGAACUAUCCAAUAAUCAGUUUGAUCAAUUAUGGCACUUUAUUAUAGAUCUAGAAGAGAAACAAAAAGAAGACUUGGGAGUUAAGCUAGGUAGAUUAAGUGUCAUUUGGGCAAUUUUAAAAACUGUUACAGUUAACGAUAAAGAAACAAUUUCUCAAAUUUUAGAGAAAUUAAGCAUAUUUAAUAAUAUGUCAUUCAUUAAUACUAUUAUAGAAGAUUAUAAGUCUGCUCCUAAGGAGAUUUCUGAUAUUGAAGAAUGUAUUGAAUUAAAACAAAGAUACUGUGGUAUUUUAGGGACAAUGGCAUCUAUUCAAGGUCAAAUUUCAAUCAAUGAAAUAAUUGGUAAGUUCUUAUUAUCAGAACUAGCAUCAAAAGAAACACCAACGGUUUUACUAGUUGAAAUAACAAAUUUAUUAUUUGAAAUAUACCCUGAUUCUAAUUUUGAUUAUGACGGUCCGGUUUUCAUACAGCAAGGUUUCUUGAACAUCUUACGAGACCAGGUUGUUCCAAAUUUAAAGGCUCAAUUUAAAUUUGUUGAUAAAAACAAAGAUGAACUGUUAAAAGAAAAGUGUACUGAAACUUUUAAUAAUUUAAACAGUUUCAUUAAUUACAAAGCUAAUGAAAAAUGA